GCAAAAUUUCCGUUUUCGUGAAGUUUCUUUCGCAUUGCGAGUGUUUUUAAUCGUUCCGUCAGUAAUGUCAGACACCGCCGUCCAAGUCGAAGCUCCUUCCGUCGAGGUCCCGCUGGCGGAGCCAGCUCCGGUAGAGGAGCCGAAGAAGCCUGUGAAGGAGAAGAAGCCUCGGGUUCCUAAGGAGAAGAAGCCCAAGCAACCAAAGGCCGCUUCUCAUCCUCCUUAUUUCGAGAUGAUCAAGGAGGCUCUGACUUCUCUGAACGAUAAGAGCGGGUCGAGUCCGUACGCUAUAGCCAAGUACAUGGAGGAGAAGCACAAGGCGGUGCUUCCGGCGAAUUUCAAGAAAAUUCUCGCUCUUCAACUAAAGAACUCCGUGGCAAGAGGAAAGCUUAUCAAAAUUAAGGCCUCGUACAAGCUCUCCGAGGAAGGGAAGAAGGAGAAGAGCGAAACCGGAAAGGUCUCGAAGGCCAGCACCGAGAAGAAGCCAAAAGAGGCGAAAAUGACAUCUCAGAGGGAAACUAGGAAAACGACAUCUCAGAGGGAAACUAGGGCAAGCAAAAAGCCCGAGAAGGCCAAGAAAACGACAACCGCAGCAACGAAGAAGAAGAGGAGCAAGAAAUCAACUCCUGUGAAGCCCAAGCAGCCGAAAUCGAUCAAGUCUCCUGCUGCUAAGAAGGCCAAGAAGGUCGCUGCGUGAGUAUGUAGAAAAUCGAUAUCGAUGUGUAUGAAAAUGCGAAUAAGCCUCGCUUUUGUGUAAGUUUUUAGGCGUCGUUUGUGCUUUUUUGUCUAUAUCAAUGGAACCUGAUCUAGUGUAAGUUUUAUUAGUUUCUGCAGAUGCUCUGAACAUAUUGCGAGUCUUUUUUUGUAAUAUGCGUUUUUGGUGGAAAUGGGAAACCGAUCUUUUGUAGUAUAAACGAACAAUGGUUUUUGCCAUUUCUCA